CACCACAGCCAUACACCCCUCAGGCUUCUCGGUCGCAUCACGCACCGAACCACUUUCCAAAGGCGAACCCGGUCAAACAUUCGCUUCUCUUCACCUACCGAUCGAUCCGACCUCUCCUCCUCAAGAAAGCGCAUUCCGCGCUACUCCUCCUCUCCUCCGCCCAAUCUCAUUCUCUCUUUUUCCCCGUUGCAUACGGGGCAUACGGGGCGCAUCUGAGAGAGAAAAGGGAGAAUGUCGUCUCUCGAGGCCAAGAUCGUCGUCCUCGGCUCCCAAAAUGUCGGCAAGACGAGCCUCGUCAUGCGCUAUUGCAAAGGCUCCUUCAACCCAGCCCAGACAACCUCCACCGUAGGCGCGAGCUUCAUGACCAAGCGCGUCGUCGAUACCGAUACCGACACCGUGGUGCGACUACAGAUCUGGGAUACCGCCGGCCAAGAACGCUUCCGCUCCAUCUCCCGCCUCUACUACCGUGGCGCAAACGCCUGCAUCCUCUGCUACUCCAUCACAGACGCCCAGUCCUUCACAGAAAUGGGCGUCUGGCUCACCGAGCUCCGCCGCAACCUCCCCGGCGACGUCGUCCUCCACGUCGUCGGCACGAAAGCAGACAUCGUCGCCCGCGACCCCUCCCGCCGCGAAGUCCCCUUUGAGCGCUGUAUAGCCUACGUCGCAGAGAACCUCGCCCCCGGCCUGGCCUCGACACCGCCCCCGACAGCAACGUCCAGCGGCAUGCCCUCCCUCCUCUCCUCCUCCGACCCGCGCCAGUCCUCCUCGCAGGUCCACCAGAGCACGAGCACAUUCGGCGGCGGCGGCGGCGGACCCAGCGGCGGCGAACCGCGCAGCCCGUCUUCGAAGCGCAGUUCCGGGUUCUGGGGCCAGGAGGUCGGCUGGGACGCGUGCCACGAGAUCAGCGCCGAGAGCGGCGAGGGUGUGGAGGAGGUUUUCCGCGUCGUGACGAGGAAGCUUGUAGAGCAAAACCGCAAGAUGCAGCAGGCGCUGCUGCUGGCUACGGCUACGCCUGGCACGCCGGGGUACGAGACGGGCAUGGACGGCGGGUACUUUGAUGGCAUGAAUCCCAGGGGCAGCUUCCGCGUCGGACGGGACCGGCGGAGCUGGCUGUUUUCGCCGAAUUUCUCGCCUGCUGUCACGGUUGAGCAGGGCGGGACGGAGCAGGAUGCCGAUGAGGGUGCUGGUAAGGCACGGAGGAAGUGCUGUUGAAGUGGUUACGGAGAAGGAAGUAUGGCAUGCGGAGACGAGAGAUGUGCGAUGAGACUCUGGAACAUGGGCCUCGACAGCAUGACCUUUCUACGUCCCUUGCAUGAGGGUGGAGGGUUUGGAU